AUGGGCAGCCGAACACAUAUCUUCGGUCAACUCUGGAGAGAGUACUCACUAUCCGACUCCCGCUACCUUACCCAAGACUCUUUCGUGACCUGCAUGGAGACCAUUACUGCGGCGUUCUGGGGGCCACUCUCCUUCGUCUGCACUUACUUCAUCGCGACCAACCACCCCCUCCGCCACCCACUGCAGAUAAUCAUCAGCCUCGGCCAGCUCUACGGUGACAUCCUCUACUACGCCACCUGUACCUUUGACAACUGGGUGAAGUUCACAAGUUACUGCCGACCCGAGACUUUCUAUUUCUUCGCAUAUUACCUCCUUUGCAACGCCUUCUGGAUCGUCAUUCCUCUGUUGCUGAUCUGGCAGAGCGCCAAGGAGACUGGGAAAGCAUUUGCCAAAUUGCAGGCCCUGGAGAAAGGAGAUAUCAAGAAGCACAUUUAA